AAUUCUUUGUUGCUGCCAGCCGCCUAAUUAUUAUUUUCAUUUUUGGCGUCAAGGGACGCCAAAAAUGACCGAUUACAUUUAUUGUUUCUGGCUUUUUUUGCAUUAAUCCCUCAUUGUAUCAAUACUAUUGGGAAUAGCUUUGCCCAUUCACAGGGUUACGCUGACGCUUUAUUUACAGUGAUCCCUUUGCACUCCAACAACAAAAAGCUUCUAUUGGACCGUCCACUUGUCAAACAAAGCAAUGUUUGCUGGUCUGCAUUUGUCUACAAUAUUUGAAUAUGGUCGCGGUCAGGGAUGCCACUUGGCUUGCCUCUAUUUUAUUUUCUCAUUAGCUCAUUUUGACAUUUGCAUAUAUCUUGCUCCAUUUUUGGGGUUUGAGUAUUCGUACUAUUUCCGCGCAUCUCUAGUAGACCCAACUUUCGUACCGUAUCCAGUUCCAUUUAUUUUCUGCAGUGUGCCGCGUACGGGCCGACAAGCUCCAAUCAAUCCUAUAAUAUUUGCUCACACCUAUUUUUUUAUUGGCAUAAUUAAAAAGAAUAACAUUUUUGCUCGACAUCCGGCUAUCACAAGCUGAUUUCCCACUACCAGCAUCAGCAUUAUUGCCCGGAUUUACGGCUGCAGGUUUG